CUCUCUUCUUUUUUUUCCCCUUCCGGGACCCCCAAGCCAGUCCUAUACCUUGAUCUCGAAAUCCUCCCGACCACCGCUAACGGGUGUCCUACCUGUAAGUAGAUAUACACCCUCGAAAACCUCUGAAUAUUUUCUAACGUUGACAAAUGAAGGUUCGCGAUAUUCUGUUCCUUAUGUUUGGCAUACAGCAACCGGCGGAUUGUUUCACUUGCUAGCUUGCACCAUUUACCUUAUCCCUAUUCCCGAUCGAAUAGAUUCCUUGUUGCAAAAUCUUCUUUCCUAUACUUUACUUUGUGUACUUACUUCCUCCUUUUCUUCCCUUGCUAGCAAUAGACCGAUAGAUGUACAGAUAGAUAAACCGCACAUAGACUAUCCUUUCCGCUAGCAUUACCCCUCGCAUAAGCAUUCCCGAAGC